AUGGACGCCACCGAUUUGCACGAUACCACCAUGGUCGAUGAGGCUUCCCCCGACGUUGUCAACAUGAUGGAUGAUGUUGACAUUGAGACGACACCCAAGACCGAGGAAGAGUACGCUCAGUCGAUGCUGACUCUCCGCGCCAUCGUUUCCUCCAAGGAAGCCGGUAUCAUCAUCGGAAAGUCUGGCAAGAAUGUUGCCGACCUGCGUGACGAAACUGGCGUGAAGGCCGGUGUCAGCAAGGUGGUUCCUGGAGUUCACGAUCGCGUCUUGACUGUGACCGGCCCUCUGAACGGUACCGCCCGCGCCUAUGCUCUGGUGGCCAAGGGCUUGCUCGAAGGCGCCCCGCAGAUGGGUAUGGGUGGCAUUGUGUCUAACAACGGAACCCACCCCGUUCGACUUUUGAUCUCUCACAACCAGAUGGGUACUAUCAUUGGACGCCAAGGCCUCAAGAUCAAGCACAUCCAGGACGCCUCGGGUGUGCGCAUGGUCGCACAGAAGGAAAUGCUUCCCCAGUCUACUGAACGGAUUGUCGAAGUGCAAGGAACCCCGGAGGGUAUCGAAAAGGCUGUGUGGGAGAUCGGCAAGUGCCUCAUUGACGACUGGCAGCGCGGCACUGGUACUAUUCUGUACAACCCCGCUGUCCGUGCAUCCGUUGGCACCAGCAGCACCAGCAGCUCCAUGAGCCCAAGUGUUGGCGGCGGCAGCGGCAAUGGCUACAACAGCCGCCCUUACAACCGCACCGGUAACGGUGCCGACUUCAGCGACCAGUCCGGUGGCUACGGCAGGCGUUCCAACCCCGAUACCAGCAACCGUGGUUACCCGCUUGUCACCGAAGAUGGCGAUGAAAUCCAAACUCAAAACAUCAGCAUUCCCGCCGACAUGGUUGGAUGCAUCAUUGGCCGGGGUGGAAGCAAGAUCACGGAGAUCCGCAGGAGCUCUGGAGCUCGGAUCUCCAUUGCCAAGGCUCCCCAUGACGAGACGGGCGAGCGUAUGUUUACCAUUAUGGGUAGCGCUCAGGCUAACGAGAAGGCUUUGUACCUUCUGUACGAGAACCUUGAGGCCGAGAAGACCCGCCGCAGCCAGCUCCAGGAGUGA